UUCAAGUGCGACAUUACCAUUUUUAACUAAGGCUGAAGGACGUAAAUUACGGUCUGAGGCGAGUUUGGUUAUUCUUACUAUACAGCAGUCUAUUUGACUAAAAAGCUGAUCACAAAAUACUUAGUGUGAACUAUGAUGAAUGGAUGCCUUGUCAGUGGGUACUUCAGCCAGUGGAAACUUAUUAAUGCUAACAAACAACCUUGUUCCCAGGACAUUUUGCUUGGUUGAUAAAGUUGGUAGCGACAAAAAGGUUGUUAGCCACUCCGUAAUAACGGCUCAGUUAUUUUCUUAUUGGGAAGAUUAAACCAAUACCAUGAAACUCAUAUAUUUUUAAAUUCACCCUUGUUUUGAGAUGAUGGACGGCGAUAAUGACGAAUUGAAGUAACAUUAAUUUAGCUACCAUCAUUAAUUAGAGAAAUUUACAUUGUGAUUCUUACGUCCAAUUUAAACAAGAUGCUCUUUGGGCCAAUUAGGUGACCUUAGCAUUUAUUUUUUUAAAAAGCACUACUAGACAGGGCAAGCUUUGUACAGUUUUUUCGUGUUGCAGCUUUAUGUUUCAGAUAAUUGUGUUCUACCACUAGGCGAGACAAAUAUCUUGUUGCCUCGUUUAACUAUAAAAUAAUUAUAGCUGCUCAAAGAAAAGUCAUGAAGCUGAAUAAAUAUAUGUGAUUUGAACUUAAACAAAUGAAUAGUGGUUAAAUCACAUGCAGUGAAAAAAACAAGAUACGUAAACUUUUCAUUAUAUAUAAAAAAUUAAAACUAUGGAACAUUUUGAAAUCACUUUGCUGGUUAUCUGUGUUGCUAUAGCAUGCACGACAGCUUCCGACAUUUUAAUUUUUGGAGGAAAUGGAUUUUUAGGUAGCCACCUGGUAAUUAAUCUUUUAAAGAAAGAACACAAUAUCACCUUGGUAAACCGUGGAAACGAUUAUUUUAACUCACGGUCAAGUCUAGAGCCAUUUGUACAACGCAUUAUCGCAUGUGACAGGAAAACGUAUUUACGUGAAACAUGCAAAGAGUUGCUGGGGAAUCUAAAAUACGAUUACGUCAUUGAUUUUAGUUCUUAUGGAGAUAAAGAAAUUGAACAAGUAAUUGAUAUUUUACAGAACAGAAUUGGAUUGUAUAUUUUGAUUAGCACCGAUACUGUUUACGAGGUGCGCGAAAAAAAGCACGAAGGUAGGACAGUUGAAGAAGAUGCAGAAAAUAAAUUUGAAGCGAAGAAAAUAGAAGAUAAAAUUAACGAAGAAAACAAAUAUGGCGCAAGUAAAAUUGCUUGUGAAGAGCGGCUAAAAGAACAAAGGAAAAGAUUUGGUUUUCCAUAUGUUAUACUGCGACUUGCAGACGCUAUAGGUGAACGUGAUAACACGUUGAGAUGGUGGACUUAUCAACUGUUCCUGAAAAUACACAAAGCUUUAAAAAUAAAAAUACCGCUACCAAAACCUAUUAUGGAGAGAAAUUUCAGCAUGGUAUAUGCAAAAGAUGUUUCAGUUGCCAUAGAAACAAUUAUAACAAACCCUGGUUUAUUUCACGAUCAAAUAAUUAAUUUAGCGUUUAAGGAAGACGUAACAUUACGUAGUUUGUUUACAGAAAUAGGUGCCUGUUUAAACAUAACAAAUAUGGAGUUUGAUUAUGACGAAAAUACAGCAUGGUUUAGGUACCCAUCAGUAGAAAAGGGACCAAUAGAUAUUACGAAAGCUGAAUUAAUAUUUGAUUGGAAACCAACAAAGUUUAUUGACGCCGCACAGCAGACGUGUGCAUUUUUUGAAAACGCAAUGGUCGAACCUGCGUACGCAAAAGAACGAGAAGUGAUGUUGGCUGAGUUUAUAGAAGAAGCGCUACCAGAUGAUUUCACAGACGAUCAGUUAUUUUCAAACAGUCUAAUAGAUGCCUACGGUCCUUUAGUUUUUAAAAAUAUCGAUCUCGGAUUUGAUGUUGAUUUGGAUGAAAAAAGAAUUGGUCAAGUUCCGAAGGAAGAACUAUAACACAACAUUAUACUUUUAUCGUAUUAUCACGUUCGUCAAAAACACAGACCAAUGCCUCCUUUCCACUUCAUUUUUAUUACGUACCAUAGCAAUAAAACUUUUUAGGAAUUUUUAAAGAUAAAAAUACACGAUAACUUAUCAGGUUAAAUUGGUCGAAAAAUAGCAAGCACUAUAGUCCGCGUCACCCAAAGAAUGUUAAGGCAAGAAAAAUGUUCAAAAUGUUUGACACAACCUCAUUCCCAAAGCCUGUUGUCUCUUCUUUUAUAUCGGGACUUUUGUUGAAAAUUUUCAACGAGAUGACGCUAUCUUCAUAAAAAUAUUAAAGAGAUUUGAGGAGAUUUUUCAUAUUUUUUUUAGAAAAUUGAGAUUAUUUAAGGAGGUUUUAAAAGUAACGCCAAAAGUAAAAAAAAAAAUAUUUCUGUACCCAUAUUGAAUUUCUAUGCAUCUUAAAAAUAAAUACACGUGACAAACCAUACAGUUUUGUAAAAGGAAAAUUGGGGAGAUUUGAGCAAGUUCUUCAAAAAUCUACUUUUUGGAGGAGAUCAGUUGAGUUAUGAAAAGAUUUUUCAAAAUUGACGAGAAUGGAGGUGUGACAACUCUGUUUGGGUUCGCGCGACAGAAAACAACAAUAAAAAGUUUGUUGUAAAUAUUUUAAUUGAAAGUAGUUAGCAACGAAAACAAAACAAAAACAAUCGAUUUUACAAGUUCUUGUGCUUAUGAUUCAAAAACAUUUUUCGUUAUACCGAUAAAAUAUUGCUUUACAUCGUUAAUUCUCUUAUAAAUUCUUUUUCUGAAUUUUAAGUGUAAACUUUCGCCAAGAGUAUUGAUUGGCGAAAGUUUACGAACGUAAAAGUUCGCCCCCUUUAAUUCGCAAAAGGUAAUGUUCCCGCAAAAAAAUAUCAAAAAUAUUUCUCCUUUUAUUAUUCCAAUCAACCUCUGUUUUAAGUUCAUGCUUUAUAAUAAAAAAUACAUUUUGAUGUUUAAUGCGUAAAAAUUUUUAGACGCGAUAAUUAUGCUCACAAAAUUUUCCAACUUUAUCAAUUCUUUAUGUUUGCAAAAUAUUUUAUUGACUAAUUCGUGAAAGUUUAUAUUUGCUAGAUGCUAGCGAAACUUAGCCUUACUAAAUUUUGGCCGCGUCAAAAAGUAAUCGGUAUAUACUAUAGUCUAUAUAAAAUAUUCUUACGAAAUUACAUCGCAUGUUUUCAA